AUGAAGAGUCAAAAUAUCCACAAAGAUGAAGCCCAUAUUCCAAUGAGAUUCCGCAUCUUAAUCUACGCAUUAGAAAGAGGAAUCACGCAGGCUGCAUUCGUGCAAGCUUACAGCGAAAUACUUUCCAAUGUUGAGGAAACAGAGUACGAUUUAUCACCAGAGAUGCGCCAAUCAAUGGUAGAGCGCCAAGUCUGGAUGGAACUUUUCCCUGAUGAGACUUCUCCGCCACCACUCGAAUUUCCAGUUGCAGAGGGAUAUUUCGAUCCGCCAGUUUCCCGAAAAGCAGUUGAGCAAUAUCGAAUCUGGCAAAUAAGUUAUCUUGAUAGUCAGCAAAACCAACAGAACAAUAGCGAGCCACAAUAUAACAAGAUGCAGCAGAAUGGGAGACAUGCUAAAUCCAGCUCUGACAUAUCAAUCUCUCCAGUAAUACAGUAUGACACGAGAGUAGACCCUGGUACUGAAAUUAUGAUGAAUAACUCGACCAGGCUUUCUGACCACAUUGCCCCGACAUCUGAUGAGGAUCUCCGCCCAGACCUACCACAACGCGCACGAACAUAUGAAGAAGCAAUGCAUAAUAGCGAUAUCAUAUCAAUAGGAGAUCCGGCUGUGGAUGACUUGACCAUCAUUCUAAGAGUUGAUGAGGGCGGAGCGAGUAUGCUCAAUCAGUCAAUUAGGCCUUCGAGAUCCACAUCAUCGAUGGUUGGCCAUUUCAAUCAACAACUCAAUAUUCAACAGCCAGAAACCCCAGAAUCUGAAGCCGACCUGUCUAAUGGUGAAAUGGUACAGGUUUGAAGGGUCUUCUUCGACUGAUUUGGACGCACGUAUUUCGCAAUUGAAUCAAGACCUUUAGUUGAGAGAUCAUAGAGGUAGUGAAUCUAAAUGAGGUCUGUCUGGGGAGUUUGAAGAAUACUUUGGAGGGGACAAAAAGUAUUGUUGUAGCAGUGGGUGGAUACAACAAAGCAAGAAAGAAUUAUAGGAUAGUGAAAUGGUUUUCCUUCCGCUUUUGUAAUGAUUCUCCAAUUGCUUGUGCGAAAAUUAUUGGAAUUUUGUUCUGACAGUGUUCAUGAAGUCAAGGGAUCAAUAAUGAAAACC